AUGCGUUUUACUUCCUUCGCCAUUGCCACUGCCUUUUUGGCUACCAUGGUCUCCGCAACUCCAGUGGCCGAGCCUGAGCCCAACCCGGUUGAACUGGCUGCUCGGGCCAAGUACACCAUCCACUGCAGUGGCGGUCAGAACCCUGAUUCUCACUGCUUGACUCCCCAUUCGAAGUGUGACUCUUAUGGCACGUACCUGGUUGAGUCUGGUUACAAGGAGCAGUGCAAGAAGUGUGGAUGCGUGAAAGAGUAG